CCAUGCCACUUUCCUCCAACCAAAAAUCUAAACUCUCUCUAGAACUACAAAAAAUUUCAGCAUCUUCAUCAUUCUUAUAUCUAUUAGAAUACUUAGCUUAUAACAAUGGUAGUACCUUCUCCAACUUCCAUGAUAAGAACUAAGAAAACAAAGGCCGUGGGAAUUCCGACAAUUGACCUUUCCAUGGAAAGGUCAGAGUUGUCGGAAUUAGUUGUGAAAGCUUGCGAAGAAUAUGGUUUUUUUAAGGUGGUGAAUCAUGGUAUACCAAAGGAGGUUAUUUCAAGGUUGGAAAAUGAAGGAACAGAGUUUUUCUCAAAAAACUCUACAGAGAAACUUCAAGCUGGUACUUCUACUCCUUUUGGUUAUGGCUGCAAAAAUAUUGGUCCCAAUGGUGAUAAAGGUGACCUUGAGUAUCUUCUCCUUCACACCAAUCCUAAUUCAAUCUCUGAGAGAUCCAAAACCAUUGCAAAAGAUCACCCUAUCAAGUUCAGUUGCAUCGUCACUGAUUAUAUAGAAGCAGUUAAAGAAUUAGCAUGUGAGAUUCUUGAGCUAGCAGCAGAAGGAUUGUGGGUCCCUGACAAGUCCUCACUAAGCAAAGUUAUCAAAGACGUUCAUAGUGACUCAGUCCUUAGGAUCAAUCACUACCCUCCAGUGAAGAAAUUAAGCAAAGAUAAUUUGGACCCAUCAAAAUUCCAAAACAAUAAUAAUACUAUUGGAUUUGGAGAGCAUUCUGACCCUCAGAUCCUAACCAUCUUACGGUCCAACAACGUAGGUGGCCUUCAGAUUUCAACUCAACAUGGAUUGUGGAUCCCUGUCCAUCCUGACCCCAAUGAAUUCUAUGUCAUGGUUGGAGAUUCUCUUCAGGUUUUGACAAAUGGGAGGUUUGUGAGUGUGAGACAUAGAGUAUUGACAAACACAACAAAGCCCAGAAUGUCAAUGAUGUACUUUGCAGCACCACCGUUGAAUUGGUGGAUCAGUCCAUUAUCAAAGAUGGUGACAGCCCAUAACCCAUCUCUGUAUAAGCCCUUUACAUGGGCCCAAUAUAAACAAGCAGCAUAUGCUCUUCGAUUGGGAGAUUCACGUCUUGAUCAAUUCAAGCUCCAAAAACAAGAAGACAAUACCCAUUAUCACCAUGACACUUGAAUCACUUUCAUUGUUUAUAGUCCUUUUUCUUUUUGUUUCAAUUAUUGUCCUUGUUUUAUAAAUAGUGUUGAUAUUUAUUUUUUGGCCGUAGCGAUUUAGUGAUCUAGUCUACCUAGUUGGUAUUGUAAAAUAUAUGUAGGUAACCUUCCAAGUGGAAUUUUGACAUGAAUGAUGUUCAAUGUAUUCAGAAAUCAGAAGCAGCAUCAUUUAUUUUUGCGUUUA